AUGUCACAUGCAGACUCAGUGCCAUAUCUCGCACAUUACUUCCUAGGCAUCCUACCUCGUGUCACUCCCUCUGUAUUCCCAGAAACCAUCCUCCGUCGUCGACCAUUCGCACCACAAGCGGCAUCGAUGCCUCCCACAUAUUUGGCAGGACGUCCUCCACAAGGCAAACACGGCCUACCAGGGGAGUCCCCUCCCGAUCGCAAACAGUUUAGGGAAACGCUUCAGAAUCUGAAGCGCUCCGAUGGAGCAGCAGAAUGGCUCGAAGAGGAGAUAUUGGCCGUGAUGGGCGAUCGCCUCAUGCGACGGGGAGCCACUGCGCCCCAUACUGCGUCCUACAAGCCAUCCAUCCAAGUCCUGAAGCGGCCUCCCGCGGUGCAGUCGACACCUACGACCCAGUCCAGAACCCCAGUCCAGAGGCGAGUGAAAGAACAAAGUCGUACCACUCAGUGCCUACCGGGUACCGCCGACAAUCCCGUCACGGUGCGCGACACUUCAGGAUCACCAACACCAGUGAUGACGCCGAACAGCACGGCACGUGUGCACGGUAUGGGGAGCAGCACGAUUAAUCUUCCGAGGAAGGCUCAUGACGACCUUGCCGCGUUUGGAUCGAUCGCAAGACAGCCUACCGCGAGCACACCAGUCACAACAACACAGAAAGGCAAACGGACGGGCGAGGACCAAGGCGGUAGGGAGGGAGGAGAUGCAGCGUUUGCAAGACUACAGCACAGGUGGACUGGUACAUACCGCGUAAUGACCGGAAGUCGAUGA